AUGACUAUGUCAGUUGUUUUAUUAAAUUCUAGAGCUUCAAGUGCCUCAAAUGCUUUAGGAUUUAGAUUUGCUUACAGUAUACAAAUAUCAGAAACUUCUUUAAGCUCAUCACAUAUUAGUAAACAAUAUGAAUUUAAUCAUUUCCUCUUAUGCUUAAUAAUUCAAAAUAAACUUGCACUUCAAUUUACUGAGUGUAGUACACUUUGUAAAUUGGUUGAUUUUUUUAACCUAACUGUUAAAAUUUUAUGUCACAAUACACUAAGCACUAAAAUCCUUAUUAAGUAUGCAAAUAAACUUGAACAAGAAAAGGUUUCUACUCUUUCAAAUUCACAAGAACCUGUUACAAUAAUGUUCGAUGGUUAG